AGUGGUUAAUAGAAUCUUGCAUUAUUCCAUUAGAUGAUGUAUUAGUAAUUAGAGAGUAUAUGUGCAUUCUAGCAGUUCAGCCAAUUUCAGCAUCAACCGCGACAAAAAAUGUUGAGACUAAAGAUGCAGGUGAAAUUAAACUAGCGUGGUGA